CGCAUGUUAAACUGAUGCUGGAUGUGAAAGCGAUGUGUUGUGUGUUUUCUGAACGUGCUUUUCUUUUCCUCCUCCAGCAGAUCGCGAUCAGAAAUGGCCAAGUCGAAGAACCACACCACACACAACCAGUCUCGCAAGUGGCACAGAAACGGCAUCAAGAAGCCGAGGUCUCAGCGCUACGAGUCUCUCAAAGGGGUGGACCCUAAGUUCCUGAGGAACAUGCGCUUUGCCAAGAAACACAACAAGAAGGGGAGGAAGACCAUCGCCAAGAGGGAGGCUUCCAAAUAGAUGAGGAUAGACCCCAGAGAGUCAGCAGUGUACAGAUGUUCUCCAGAAGGACCUCAUACCAUCCACAAUAAAGCCAUGCUUUGACUAA